AUGUCCAAGAUCAACAGCGGAUUCAUCGACAUUCUUCGUAGCCGGCUCAAGGAUGCAGCAAUUUUCACUCCUGACUACAAUGCCUAUGCAGCGAGUAUCGGCCGAUGGUCAGAGACAGCCAUAAAACCCGCGGGAGUUGUGGUACAACCACUCGAGCCUGCCGACAUCAGCACAUCUCUCUUAUGGGCACAAGAGUAUGGUAUCGAUGUUGCUGUUAAAGGAGGUGGUCAUUCAACAGCUGGAACCAGUUCGAGUGAUGGAGGACUGGUGAUCGAUAUGUCACGUAUGAAUAAUGUUCAAGUCAACCCGACCGCGAAAACAAUUAAUGCACAGGGUGGUGCAAUCUGGAAGGACGUGGACGAAGCGGGCGCAGCUCACGGCCUGGCGACGGUCGGGGGAACUGUCAAUCAUACAGGAGUUGGAGGACUGACACUAGGUGGUGGGUAUGGAUGGCUAAGUGGUCAGUAUGGUCUCACUAUUGAUAAUCUGCUUUCAGCUCGGAUUGUAUUAGCAGAUGGCUCACUGGUGACUGCAUCUGCCUCUAAAAAUCCUGAGUUGUUUUGGGGACUGCGUGGAGCUGGGUAUAACUUCGGUGUUGUGGUUGAUUUUACCUACCAAGCUUAUGAUCAGGCAGAUCUGGUAUUCUCUGGAAUUCUUGCCUUUACCCCUGAUAAGCUGGAAGAUCUCUUCGAACAGCUAAAUCUUCUUCUUGCAAAUCCCGACUCCCGCUCAGGUGCAAUGGUCAUUUUUGCUCAAGGACCAGAUGGUGCUGGACCCUUAAUCAUUGUGAUUUGCUUUUACAAUGGGUCAGCUGAAGCAGGGAAGCAGAGAUUUGCUGGGUUUUUGAAUCUGGAGCCAGUCAUGAAUACCCUGGAUAUGAUUUCAUACUCAAUGGUCAAUACACUUCAAAACCCCCAGGCCACUUAUGGAGGUCGCAAGUCUUUCAAGGGAAUCUUUUACGAGCCACCUCUGGAUUUGAAGUUCGCUCGCACAAUCUUCGAUGACCUCAUGGAGAAGGUUCAAACAGAUCCCGACCUUUCUGAAUCCGCCAUCAUUCUUGAAUUCAUCGAUAUGCGCAAGGUUUGCGAAACUGAUAUUUCAGCCACGGCGUUUGCAAGUCGCAACUCCACUCAAAAUGGCAUAAUCUGCCUACGGUGGUAUGAUAAGUCAAAGGACUCCGAACACCGCGCCUGGGCACGUUACAUCCAAGAGAAGUGGAAGUCUGAAUUGGACAAGACUGCAGCCAGCCAGCCAAGCGAGAAAGUACCCCAGUACAUCAAUUAUGCAGAGCCGGGUGACUCUGUGGUGUCCAACAUUUACGGCGCAAAUCUCGCACGUCUACAGAAAAUUAAAGGCAAAUAUGACCCGAAGAAUGUGUUUCAUAAAAUGCAUCCAAUACCAAUGUCGAACAUG